AUGAGAUUCAGCGUACCUAUGCCUAAAGCCAGACCGCGAUGGCAAUAUGUAAAUAAUUAUUCGCACCCAUCACAAAGCCACCACAAUCAACCACCGGCCACCAGCCCAGCAAAGCCAGCACACUCAGCUAGGCCUAUCUACCUACCUACGCACCAGCCUUCGCAGUUCCCACCAUCCAUCCCCUCGCGCAAGCCAAACCUCAAGUCUGAUAUGCCGAAAAAAGGUACCAGAGCCAUCGCCAGCGCCAGCGGCAAACCCCAACGCCCAAACCGGGAGAGAAGAGGAGAGGAGAGGAGAGGAGAGGAAAACGCCAGACAGCAGCAGCAGCAGCAGUCAAGCAUCACCAACAACGACGAGGCGCCCAAGACAAGCCAGCAAGCAGCCAACGCGCCCCUCCACCCCCCACCCCCACCCACGCGCACGCGCACGCACACACCAACCCUCUAUGCAAACGCCGGCAACGCCUUGCGCCGAAAAAGAAAAAAGCCACACACAGCCACACACCGAGACAGAGAGACAGAAAGAGAACGAGGAGAGGAGGGACAAGCCAGGCAAGACCCAUCCGCGCGACGAGAAGCAAGCGACCGACUGAUCCCAAAAGGGACAGAAAGACAAAACAAGACAGGCUCGGGCGAGGGCGGCGCGUCGCGGUACCAGGCCCCUGUGUCUUUCUCUGUGUGCGGUAUGGGUAAGGCUAUGGUAUGGAAAAAGCAAGCAAACCAGGCGUCGUUGUUAGAGCAGUAA